AUUUAAAACAAAUAACCUUUUUUACUUGUUGCUAGGUCUUCAUCAACAAUGGGAGCGUACAGGUAUAUGCAGGAGUUGUACAGAAAAAAGCAAAGCGAUGUAAUGCGCUAUUUGCUCCGUAUUCGUGUGUGGCAAUACCGCCAACUCACUAAAUUGCAUCGUUCGCCAAGGCCAACUCGACCAGAUAAGGCACGUCGUUUGGGAUAUCGUGCCAAGCAAGGAUUCGUCAUUUACAGAAUCCGCGUUCGCAGGGGUGGUCGUAAGCGUCCAGUACCCAAAGGUUGCACAUACGGAAAGCCCAAAAGUCAUGGUGUAAAUGAAUUGAAACCAUAUCGUGGAUUACAAUCUAUUGCUGAGGAACGUGUAGGUCGCAGACUUGGCGGUCUCAGAGUUCUGAAUUCCUAUUGGGUGGCACAGGAUGCAUCCUACAAAUAUUUUGAAGUUAUACUAGUUGACACUCAUCACUCUGCAAUUCGUCGUGACCCCAAAAUUAAUUGGAUCUGUAAGCAUGUCCAUAAGCACAGGGAACUGCGUGGUCUUACAUCUGCUGGAAAGAGUUCCCGUGGAAUUGGCAAGGGCUAUAGAUAUUCUCAAACUAUUGGUGGUUCUCGCCGUGCUGCCUGGAAACGCAAGAAUCGUUUGAAUAUGUUAAGAAAGCGUUAAA